AUGAGGGCGGAUCACGACGAGCGCUCGCGUCGCCCUCGCGGAUGCGUAGCAGCAACAGCCCCCGAGGCCGUUCCUUUCUGCGCAAGCGCUGAGGGGUGCCCGGCAGGCGCGCCUUUCCCGGAUUUCACCCCCCCCCCGGCCCCCCUCUGCUCCUGCCAGGAGCCCGCGGGGCAGAAAGAGAAGCCCCCCCCCGCCCCGCAGCCCAGGACCCCCCCCCCAGCCAGCUCCCUUCGGCGGCCGCCCAGCGCCCCCUCCCCACUCAGGGCAGCCACUUCCCGGGGGGGGGGGGCGGCUGAGCGCGGAGGGGCCGCCCUUGGAGACACUUCGGAAGCCCCCGCCGAAGCGCCGCCGACGGAGCCCUCCCUGCAGGCCGCGGCCCGCCCGGCCCCUUCGGGGGCUGCUGCGAGCUGCGAGCCCCGACGGGGGGAGCGCCUUCAGCCCCCCGGCACCAGCCGCCGCCGCCCCAAGAAGCCCCGGCGCCGGCCCAGGGCCCCGCACUCACCCGCUGCCGGGACGCGGAGGCGCUUUGGGGCCGGCGGCGGGCUCUGGAAGGCGAGGGCGGGGAGCGGCGCAGGGAGCCCAGCCCAGCCGGGCCCGCCCGCGCAGUUGGCGAGGCGGAGCGGCGGGGAAUGCCCGAGGGCGGCGCCUUCCGGGAAGGGGCGCCCGGCCUUUCCCCGCCUGCCGCGGGGGCGCUCGGAGGCCGACGGCGCUUCCCGGCAGCCCUUCCCGACGCGGCGGCGGCGGCGCUCGGAGCGCGAACCGAGUCCGCGUCUUUGGGGCGGAGAAAGGGGCUGCGCGGCAGCGGCACGGGGGGCCGGGCAGGCGGGGACCCCCGAGCAAGGGAGGGGGCAGGGGGGUUGCCAGCCUCCAGGGGGUGGCGGGAGAGCUCCCGGUAUGGCAGCUGGUGUGCGCGGAGGGAGUGCGGAUUCGGGUCCAGCAGCACCUGCGCGGGCCCGGGGAGGACCUGCCGUCAGCCAAAGCGGGUGUCCGGCCACGGGCGCUCUGCCUCUCCCAGGCGCCCACCUGGCAGUCUCGCUGGCCUUUAAGGCGCCCCCGGACCCGGAGCUGCCCGAUCUGCAGGCGGCGGAGACCAGCUUCGGAGGGCGGAGUCUGUGGCCCAGCAGCCCCGCUGAGCCCCCCUCCCGAGCUCCGCCCCCCCAAUCCCCGGGAAGUUCCCGAACCAGCCCAGUGGCUGGCAACCGCCGGCAGAGGAGGGGCGCGGGCUCCGGGCAGGCAGCUCCCCGUGCGUCAGCUCCUCGCCGCCGGGAGAGUUGCGGCAGGGCAGGGGGCUGA